GCAUAGAAGACAUAUAUAGAGCAGAACUAGGCAGCCUUUGGCUAUGUAAAAUCUUGAAAAUCAAAAUUGAACAAACAAUUUUUAAAGUAAAUAAACAAAUUUUCCUAAAUUUAAAAGAAAAAAUGUCUAAUCCAGCGGGUGAAUGGUGUUUAAUCGAAAGUGAUCCUGGUGUUUUUACUGAAUUAAUCAAAGGAUUUGGUGUAAAAGGAGUUCAAGUAGAAGAGCUCUACAGCCUGGAUGCUGAGAGUUUUGAAAAUAUUAAACCUGUACAUGGAUUAAUAUUUUUGUUCAAAUGGUUCCAAGGAGAUGAACCAUCAGGAUCUGUUGUUCAAGAUAACAGGCUUGAAAAAAUAUUCUUUGCUAAACAGGUUAUCAAUAAUGCUUGUGCCACGCAAGCUAUUCUCAGUGUAUUAUUGAAUUGCUGCCAUCCUGACGUAUCCCUUGGCAAUACACUGUCUUCUUUCAAAGAUUUCUGUCAGACGUUUGAUGCCACUAUGAAGGGUCUGACCCUCAGCAAUUCUGAUGUCAUUCGUGAAGUUCACAAUAGUUUUGCUAGGCAACAAAUGUUUGAAUUUGAUGCUCGUCAGCCUAAUAAAGACGAUGACGUAUUCCAUUUUAUUGGCUAUGUUCCAAUAGAAAAUAGGUUGUAUGAACUAGAUGGAUUAAAAGAUGGGCCGAUUGAUCUAGGUCCGAUUUCUGGUGACUGGUUGGAUACUGUUAGGCCUGUCAUUGAAAAACGAAUUCAAAAGUAUAAUGAGGGAGAGAUUCAUUUUAAUCUUAUGGCAAUUAUAUCUGAUCGGAAAAUGCUCUACCAGAAAAGAUUAGAAGAAUUGAGUUCUGGUGGAAUGGAGGUAGAUGAGACAUUAGAUGAAGUUAAUAAAAUUCACAUGUUAAUAGCAGAAGAGGAAUUAAAACAAAAGCGAUAUAAAGUUGAAAAUAUCCGUAGGAAACAUAAUUAUCUUCCCCUCAUAAUGGAACUUUUAAAAAUUCUGGCUGAAGAAGGGAAACUUGUGCCUCUAAUAAAUGCUGCAAAACAAAAGGUUGAUGAAAGGAAAAAGAAAGAACAAGAGAUCAAACAAGUCCAAUAAAAUGUUUUAUUUCUUGUUAAUUGUGUGUUGUCAUCAUCUUAUUGUGAUAGUACCUUUCAUUCAUUAUACACUAACAUGGUGCGUUGCGUUUUUA